CAUACUUUUAAAGGGGGCCUCAAGAUUAUCCAUACUUUUAAAGGGGGCCUUGAGAUUGUCCAUAAUUUUAAAGGGGGCCUUGAGAUUGUCCAUCCCUUUUUAAAGGGUGCCCCGAGAUUGUCCAUAAUUUUAAAGGGGGUCUUGAGAUUGUCCAUAAUUUUAAAGGGUGCCUUGAGAUUGUCCAUACUUUUAAAGGGGGCCUCGAGAUUGUCCAUAAUUUUAAAGGGGGUCUCGAGAUUGUCCAUAAUUUUAAAGGGUGCCUUGAGAUUGUCCAUAAUUUUAAAGGGGGCCUCGAGAUUGUCCAUAAUUUUAAAAGGU